UCGUCAUCGUCAUCGUCAUCGUCAUCGUCAUCGUCAUCGUCAUCGUCAUCGUCAUCGUCAUCGUCAUCGUCAUCGUCAUCGUCAUCGUCAUCGUCAUCGUCAUCGUCAUCGUCAUCGUCAUCGUCAUCGUCAUCGUCAUCGUCAUCGUCAUCGUCAUCGUCAUCGUCAUCGUCAUCGUCAUCGUCAUCGUCAUCGUCAUCGUCAUCGUCAUCGUCAUCGUCAUCGUCAUCGUCAUCGUCAUCGUCAUCGUCAUCGUCAUCGUCAUCGUCAUCGUCAUCGUCAUCGUCAUCGUCAUCGUCAUCGUCAUCGUCAUCGUCAUCGUCAUCGUCAUCGUCAUCGUCAUCGUCAUCGUCAUCGUCAUCGUCAUCGUCAUCGUCAUCGUCAUCGUCAUCGUCAUCGUCAUCGUCAUCGUCAUCGUCAUCGUCAUCGUCAUCGUCAUCGUCAUCGUCAUCGUCAUCGUCAUCGUCAUCGUCAUCGUCAUCGUCAUCGUCAUCGUCAUCGUCAUCGUCAUCGUCAUCGUCAUCGUCAUCGUCAUCGUCAUCGUCAUCGUCAUCGUCAUCGUCAUCGUCAUCGUCAUCGUCAUCGUCAUCGUCAUCGUCAUCGUCAUCGUCAUCGUCAUCGUCAUCGUCAUCGUCAUCGUCAUCGUCAUCGUCAUCGUCAUCGUCAUCGUCAUCGUCAUCGUCAUCGUCAUCGUCAUCGUCAUCGUCAUCGUCAUCGUCAUCGUCAUCGUCAUCGUCAUCGUCAUCGUCAUCGUCAUCGUCAUCGUCAUCGUCAUCGUCAUCGUCAUCGUCAUCGUCAUCGUCAUCGUCAUCGUCAUCGUCAUCGUCAUCGUCAUCGUCAUCGUCAUCGUCAUCGUCAUCGUCAUCGUCAUCGUCAUCGUCAUCGUCAUCGUCAUCGUCAUCGUCAUCGUCAUCGUCAUCGUCAUCGUCAUCGUCAUCGUCAUCGUCAUCGUCAUCGUCAUCGUCAUCGUCAUCGUCAUCGUCAUCGUCAUCGUCAUCGUCAUCGUCAUCGUCAUCGUCAUCGUCAUCGUCAUCGUCAUCGUCAUCGUCAUCGUCAUCGUCAUCGUCAUCGUCAUCGUCAUCGUCAUCGUCAUCGUCAUCGUCA